UAUCUACGUCAACGAGUGUUUUGCUUACUAAAGAAAUCAGUUGAUAACGCGAGUGAGGCAUCGACAUUAAUUAAACUGUCGAGUGUAUUUGACGUGGGCGAUUACUGCAGUGUCAGCUUUAUUACAAUGGCAUCUUCUAACGUGGUUCUUCAUGCAUACUACCUGUCAUCGUGCUCGUGGCGCGUGCGAGCUGCGCUGCACUGGAAGAGGAUCCCCUUCGAGGAGCGAUCGGUCGACAUCGUGCGCGAGCGCAACCAACUGACUGACAGCUACCGAGCCGUCAACCCAGCGCAGAAAGUCCCGGCACUGGUCAUUGAUGGAGAAACCCUGGUGGAGUCGAUGGCUAUCCUGCAAUACCUGGAGGAGACGAGACCUGAGCCGACCCUGGAGCCUGACACGCCGAUACUCAGAGCCCGCAUGAGGGAAAUAUGUGAGACAAUAGUAUCAGGCAUCCAGCCGCUCCAGAACGUCGGCUUAAAGUCCAAGUUUCUCAAUGAGGAGCAGUUCCAAGAAUUCGCGCAGCAGAACACGGAGCGAGGGUUGCAAACCCUAGAGGCUCUCCUCGUCAGAACUUCUAGAAGGUUCUGCGUCGGAGACCAGAUCACCAUGGCCGACUUAUGCUUCGUACCCCAGCUGUAUAAUUGUACUACCAGGCUGAAACUUAACAUUGGGAAGUAUCCGACCGUCGCCAAGAUAUACGACAAUUUAAUAAAAGAGAGUAUCUUUGAAAAAUCACACCCGAAAAAUCAUAAACCGAAAAAAUAAGUAAAGAUCUUGUCACAUUUUAUACACGUGGGACGUGCAUAUUUUGUAAUACUUAUAGAGAUAUGUAUUAUAAUGAAAUGAUUACGUAAAUAUACUUAUUACUUGUAAAAUA